CUCGGUGUCAUCACCAUCCAUUGUCAGAAGGGGAGGAAAUUGGAAUCCAGCAGCGGCGAGCAGCAGCAGCUGGGCGGUCACAUCUGGGAAUGCAAAGCCGACCUCCCCCUCCUCCUCCUCCUCCUCCACCUCCUCCUCUCUCACCCGGGAUCACUUCCGAAACCACUUCGCCUUCAGCCCCUGCCUCGGCCAGAGGGAUUUAUUUAAUGGGGAUGUGUUCAAGGCAAGAGAGAAUUCAGAAGGAUAUCGACAUCGUGAUCCAGAAGUCCAGAGCCGAGAAAGACUGCCUGUUUGCAGAUUUCAGAUACUCAGACUCCACCUUUACUUUCACCUACGUUGGCGGCCCCAAAAGUGUGUCCUACUCAGUCCAUGUCUCAGAAGAUUAUCCAGACAAUACCUAUGUGUCAAGUUCAGAAAAUGAUGAGGACGUACUAGUUACUACAGACCCAAUCCCUGUCAUUUUCCAUAGAAUAGCAACAGAAUUAAGAAAAACAAAUGAUAUUAACUGUUGUUUAUCCAUAAGAUCCAAACUACAAAAGGAAAAUGGGGAGGAGUCUCGGCAGAACAGCACGGUGGAGGAGGACUCCGAGGGCGACAAUGACUCUGAAGAGUUUUAUUAUGGAGGGCAGGUGAACUAUGAUGGUGAACUCCAUAAGCAUCCUCAGCUGGAGGCUGAUUUGUCAGCAGUGAGAGAGAUCUAUGGACCACAUGCAGUUUCUCUCAGGGAAUAUGGAGCUAUUGAUGACGUAGAUAUUGAUCUGCACAUUGAUGUCAGCUUUCUGGAUGAGGAAAUUGCUGUGGCUUGGGAAGUGAUCCGAACAGAGCCUAUUAUCGUCCGCUUGCACUGUUCACUGACACAGUAUUUAAAUGGCCCAGUGCCCACGGUUGAUGUCUUUCAGAUUUCAACAAAAGAGCGAUUUGGAUUGGGACAUCAGCUGAAGAAGAUCAUGCAGACCUUUGUUACUCAGCAGUGGAAACAGAGCAAGGAAAAGUCCAGUUGCCUGCAUGGUAAGAAGCUGUCGGAGAAGAAGGUGAAAUCACCCCUGCAUUUGUUUUCUACCUUGCGCAGGUCGCCCAGCUAUCCUCCCCCUGGUUGUGGCAAAAGCAAAUCCAAACUGAAAUCUGAACAAGAUGGCAUCUCCAAAACGCACAAGCUGUUGCGGAGGACUUGUUCCAGCACCGUCAAAACUGAUGACGUGUGCGCCAAGUCACACAGGACCUUCGGGCGCUCGCUGUCCAGCGACCCCAGGGCCGAGCAGGCGAUGUCCACCCUCAAAUCGCACAAACUCUUGGGCCGGCCCUGCCCCACAGCGGGCAAGCAGGAGGACUGCCUCACGCUCAAGUCGCAUAAGUUAUUGACUCGCUCUUGUUCUGGAGACCCGCGAUGUGAGCACAGCAGCAACUUGAAGCCCCACAAACUGCUAAGCAGGUCUUACUCCAGCAAUCUCAGAAUGGAAGAGUUAUAUGGGCUGAAAAACCACAAAUUGCUCAGCAAGUCUUACUCCGGCGCCCCCAAGUCAUCGAAAACCGAGCAUUUCAAGGAACCCAACGCAGAGGGCAGGAGGCUCUCACUUACCUCAGGGCUUAUCGGUAUUUUAACACCAUCAUCGUCUUCUUCCCAGCCUCCCACAAAUGGUGCAAAAUGCAUUCCAAUCCGAGACCGCGGCUUCCUGGUGCAGACGAUUGAGUUUGCUGAGCAGCGGAUCCCUGUGUUGAAUGAAUACUGUGUGGUUUGUGAUGAGCCACACGUGUUUCAGAAUGGCCCCAUGCUUAGGCCUACGGUGUGUGAGAGAGAGCUGUGUGUAUUUGCUUUCCAAACCCUGGGGGUGAUGAACGAAGCCGCUGAUGAGAUAGCAACUGGAGCUCAGGUGGUAGAUUUAUUGGUGUCCAUGUGUAGAUCUGCAUUGGAAUCUCCUAGAAAAGUCGUCAUUUUUGAGCCAUAUCCUUCUGUGGUAGAUCCUAACGACCCUCAGAUGUUGGCCUUCAACCCAAGGAAGAAGAACUAUGACCGAGUAAUGAAAGCUCUGGACAGCAUCACUUCCAUCAGAGAAAUGACACAGGCACCCUAUCUGGAAAUCAAAAAGCAGAUGGAUAAACAGGACCCUCUUGCUCAUCCGCUUCUGCAAUGGGUCAUCUCAAGUAAUAGGUCACAUAUCGUGAAACUGCCAGUUAACAGGCAACUGAAGUUCAUGCACACCCCACACCAGUUCCUCCUGCUCAGCAGUCCACCAGCCAAAGAGUCCAACUUCCGAGCCGCUAAAAAGCUCUUCGGGAGCACGUUUGCAUUUCAUGGCUCUCACAUUGAAAACUGGCACUCUAUCCUGAGGAAUGGUCUGGUGGUUGCCUCUAAUACGCGUCUGCAGCUCCACGGUGCGAUGUAUGGGAGCGGGAUCUACCUUAGUCCAAUGUCAAGCAUAUCGUUUGGUUACUCAGGGAUGAACAAGAAGCAGAAGGUGUCAACCAAGGAUGAGCCAGCUUCAAGUAGUAAAAGCAGCAAUGCAUCACAGUCUCAGAAGAAGGGACAGCAAUCGCAGUUCCUGCAAAGCCGUAACUUGAAAUGCAUAGCCUUAUGUGAAGUGAUCACGUCACCUGACCUGCACAAACAUGGAGAGAUAUGGGUUGUCCCAAACACGGAUCAUGUCUGCACACGAUUCUUUUUUGUCUAUGAAGACGGCCAGGUGGGAGAUGCUAAUAUCAACACACAGGAAGGAGGGAUUCACAAGGAGAUCCUUCGAGUAAUUGCAUAACUUUAUUAAGGAAGGCUCCAUUCUUGAAGUAGAGUGUGAAGACAUUCUUUCCUGGAUGAUUUUAUGGAACAUCUCAUUAGGAAGAAGUCUUCCUCUUUCACUUAAAAGAGAGAUGAAAUAACUGGAAAUGGAAGAAGAGGAAAGUGUAAUAAUACAGAAUUGAUCCAGUACUGCAGAGUGUAUCAUGGGAAAGCACUUUGGUGUCCCCAGAAGUGAGUUAUGUUGCUGGUUAAUCUCAGCAGAUGUUGGGUUUGAAGCUUUUUACAUGUAAAGCUUGAAUUGUAAGGAUUCCAUAUCCGUGGAGUUGUUGUGAACUACUGUAGGACAUGAAUCCAAAUUGCUAUGAAUCUUCCUGCUUGGGAAUUUCAAGAAUUCACAGUA